AUUCACUGGUUUUUGUUUAUUUCGGACGUUCUAACCUCGAAUAAUGUUAAUAAAUCUGGGGGAGUCAACAAUUGUUGAAUUUAGCAAUUAUUUAAAAUGGUGAGACAAUGUUGUAUUAAGGAUUGCAAGAGCGAGUGGUGGCCUGGGACUGAACUCAGUUUUCACAGCUUUCCAAAGAGGGAGGAGUCCAGGAAGAAAUGGCUGGAGGCCAUUCCCCCGGGAAAAUUAAGAAGCACUAAUUUAAAUUAUUCAUCAGUGUGCAGUAAACACUUCAAUGAGAGUUGUUUCUCAGAUUGUAUUAAUACUAAAACUCUCCGAAAUUCUCUCAAAAAAGAUGCUGUGCCCACGUUAUUUGGAGAUGCCACGGAGCCGGAAUUCGUUAACUUGGAAAUGCUAUCAGACCCUUCAGACGAGGAGUUUGAGUCCCCAGAGGAAGACGUCCUGCUGACGACGCAGGACGUGGGUGUCCAGACGACAACGAAUAAACGAACGUUCGAAAACUUGGAGAUAUUACGACGUCGUGAUAAGAAUCUGAGAAAACGUCUGAAACGCGCAGAACUGAAAAUCAAGGAGCUGAAGGUAAUCGUAAAAUCCCACGUCGAGAGAACCGACAUGGACGUCAUCGCCGACGCCAUCCACAAGUACAUCCCAGAGGACAGGAGGGAUUUAUUCCUCAAUGAACUGACACAUCACGUCUCACCAUCCCUGAAGAAGAACUACGAGCUUUUCAUUAAGGACUUCGCCAUAACCAUCUACCUCUGCAGCAGAGAGGCAUAUGAUUACCUCAGGGAGAAGAUCACUCUCCCUCAUCCAUCUACUCUCAGGAAAUGGAUGAAAAAUGAAGAAAAACAAAUUAAUUCGUGAGAUAGAUUGUUCAUUUUACAAGAAUUGAAUUGUUUUUCCGUCUGUAAAUAAAUCUGGAUAUUUUUAAUACUAAAAUAAUUGUAAAAAGGAGAUAU